CUGAGGGGACGCGCAGGCAGGCAGCCUUGGCGAGGAUUUGCAGCUUGAGCUAUUGGGGCAAUUGGUGUGUACAGCGUGUACACUCAAGACCGCACGCCUCUAUAAUUUCUGUUUUCUCCUCAUUCCGAGGGGUGAAUGCGUAGGAUAAUGUGUCCUGUCGGCGGUGUGUGCUUGGGAAUGUAGUCGGCGAGUGUGUGAGGGAGAGAGCAGAAUGGUUGGGCAGAUGGGAGCGCACAGGGCUCUCGCCACGGCCGCUCCGAGCUCUCCCAUCCGUGCGUUUCACCGUCUCCGUGAAACCACAGAGCGCCUACCGAUGCCCGUCCUCCUCACAGCCGCUCUGCUGCAUCCACCUCCGCCGUUGCAAUCGGGUAUUUGUCCGACUCGUCAUUACAUAACUCGGCGUCUUUGUCGCUGGCAUUGACUUCAUUUUCCAAGCCAGGGGGAAAUAGAGAGAGGGGGAUUCAUUUGCUGCCUUGCGUGUUUGUUUCCCUACCCUACCCUACCGCCAGCCUGUGGUGUUGUAGCGGCAGCAGGCACUGGCAGGGGCCAAGCUGGACUAUAUCGAUAGACCGUGCUUUUGCUGUCGUGGACUGAGGGAGCAGAGGCCAGUAGGGUGGAAACCUCAGUCCAGCGGUGAUGAGAAGACCAACUCUGUCCAAGUGGAUCUCGUUGGUGUGCUGCCAGAAGCAUCUGGAAAGGAUAACACAGGGAUACACCCCCCUCCUCACAGAAGACUGGAGAAAAAAAAAAUCACAUCUCAGACAUUUUCAGCUUCUCAGUUUUAUGGCUGCUGACUGAUGCAUUUCACUUUGUGUUUUAAUGUGAAAUUGGAUGGUUCCUUGAGUGGCACGAUUUGGGAUAAGAUUUCUUCACACCAGUGGCUUGGACAUGCUGGCUAAUUGUGGCCCUCGGUGCAUUGGAUAGGUGACUGAAGGACAACGAUCCUUUACUCCUGAACAAACACAACAAUUUACCAAUUCUGUGAGGUUCCCUGAUAGCUAUGCAGUGACGAUGUGUGCUGCCAGGUUCAGUGGGAGCCUCAAUGGCUGUGCCGAGGAGGCCACCAAUGGCACCGGGGCUGGUGGCCCGGUGAUGAUGGUCUCACGGAUGCUGGACUGGACAGAGGCCGGUCCCCGCAUCCUACAUAGCCUGGAGAUGGGCACGGUGAUGACCAUUUUCUACCAGAAGAAAUCCCAACGUCCUGAGAGGAGAACAUUCCAGAUUAGGCAGGACACACGCCAAAUAGUGUGGAGUCGGAAUCCUGACAAAAUUGAGGGCGAGAUUGACAUACGGGAGAUUAGGGAGCUGCGGUUGGGAAAGGGCUCCCGAGAUUUUGAGCGCUAUCCGGAGGAGGCUCGUAAACUGGACUCCGCCCACUGCUUCAUUGUGCUCUAUGGCUUGGAGUUUCGCCUGAGGACCCUCAGUGUGGCUGCCUUCAGUGAGGAGGAGGUGAACAUGUGGCUCACUGGCCUCAACUGGCUGAUGAUGGACACCCAAAGAGCUCCAGCACCACAGCAGAUAGACAGGUGGUUGAGGAAACAGUUUGAAGUCAUGGACAGAAACCACGAGGGCAGCAUCACAGUGAAGGAUGUGAAAGCUCUGCUGCCUCAGAUCAACUACAGAGUCCCCAACAUGCGCUUUCUCAAAGACAAACUCCAGGAAGUGGAAGCCAGGAGUGAUCUCUCAUACCCCAACUUUGCACAGCUCUACAGAACACUGAUGUUUGACGCACAGAGGAGCAUUAUUGAGCAGCUGGAACUCUCCUUCCCUCUCCGGAAUGUUGACAGACCAGAACUCUGUCAGAUCUCCCUCUAUGACUUCCAGAAGUUUUUACAGAUGGACCAGAAGGAAGCGUGGGCGUCUGAUUUUAGUCGUGUCAGAGAGUUCCUUAUGGGAUACCUGAGAGGUGGACCCCAAACUGAGCCAAUGCUACAACUUGAUGAGUUCCUGACCUUCCUGUUCUCUAAAGAGAAUUCUGUGUGUGACCCACGACCUUCUCCUGUGGUUCCGGAUGACAUGAAAAGACCCCUGUCCCAGUACUGGAUCUCCUCAUCACACAACACCUACCUGACAGGUGAUCAGUUUUCCAGUGAGUCAUCUCUUGAAGCCUAUGCCCGCUGUCUGAGGAUGGGCUGUCGCUGUAUUGAAUUGGACUGCUGGGAUGGACCUGAUGACCUCCCAAUCAUCUACCAUGGACACACCCUAACCUCCAAGAUCAAAUUCCUGGAUGUGCUGCACACGAUCAAAGAACACGCUUUUGUCACAUCUGAGUACCCUGUGAUCCUGUCUAUAGAGGACCACUGCAGUGUGGUCCAACAGAGGAACAUGGCCACUCACUUUAAAAAGGUGUUUGGAGACCUGCUGCUCACCAAGCCAGUCGACAACAACGCAGAGGAGCUCCCUUCGCCGUACCAGCUCCGCAGGAAGAUCCUCAUCAAGCACAAGAAACUGGUGGAGGGUACCCUGUAUGAGGAAGUGACAUCAGCCAGCUACUCUGAAAAUGACAUCAGCAACUCCCUGAGGAACGGCAUCCUUUACCUUGAAGACCCCAUUGACCACACAUGGACCCCACACUAUUUUGUCUUGACCAGUAAUAAGAUCUACUACUCAGAGGAGACAUCUCACUACCAGACAGCUGACGAAGAAGACGAUGAUGAAGGAAAAGAGGAGUGUAACAACAACGAGCAGCACUGUGCAGAGCGCUGGUUCCAUGGGAAGCUGGGUGGGGGGCGUGACGGGAGACAGGUGGCUGAGAAGCUCCUGCAGGAAUACUGUGAAGGCGGGGCCAAAGACGGCACCUUCCUGGUCCGGGAGAGUGAGACAUUCGUGGGAGACUACACCCUCUCGUUCUGGCGUUCAGGGCGCGUGCAGCACUGCAGGAUCCACUCUCGUCAGGAGUCUGGCUCCACCCGUUUCUACCUGACCGACAACCUGGUGUUUGACAGCCUGUACCGCCUCAUCUGCCACUACAGAGACACACCUCUCCGCUGCAAUGAGUUUGAGAUGAGGCUGGGAAGCCCUGUCCCUCAGCCCAAUGCGCAUGAGAGCAGAGAAUGGUUCCAUUCCAGUCUGUCCCGUGUUCAGGCUGAACACAUGCUGAUGCGCGUGCCCAGAGAUGGAGCCUUCUUGGUGCGAAAACGCAGCGAACUCAACUCCUACGCAAUCUCAUUCAGGGCGGAGGGUAAGAUCAAACACUGUCGCAUCCAGCAGGAGGGUCGUCUCUUCAUGCUGGGCAGCUCGGCUGAGUUUGAGAGCCUGGUGGACCUGGUCAGCUACUAUGAGAAACACCCUCUCUACCGCAAGAUGAGGCUCCGUUACCCCAUCAAUGAGGACACUCUGGACCGUAUGGGCACCACGGAGCUUGACUAUGGGGCAUUGUAUGAAGUUCGGACUCCUCAUUUUUAUGUGGAGGCCAACAAGAUGCCCACAGCACGGUGUACAGUGAAGGCCUUGUAUGACUACCGCGCUCAGAGAGAAGAUGAGCUGUGCUUCCCCAAACAAGCCCUCAUCCUCAACGUGGACAAGCAGGAGGGUGGCUGGUGGAGAGGUGACUAUGGAGGCAAGAAACAGCUGUGGUUCCCUGCCAACUAUGUGGAGGAGGUACCCAGCUCUCCCACCAGAGAACCAGAUGAAGCAUCCACAGAGAACAGCCCUCUGGGCACAUUCCUCAAGGGUUUCAUAGAUGUGCCCACCUGCCAUGUCGUGGUGAUGAAGGAUGGGAAGAGUUCGCGGCCCUACGUGUUCACAGUCCACUCCCAGCAGCUCUCUUCUCAUCCAGUCCAGUCCCUCGAUGUGGCAGCCGACAGCCUGGAGGACCUCACCGGCUGGGUCAGCAAGAUCCGAGAGGCUGCACAGAACGCAGAUGCACGGAUGCAGGAGGAGAAGCAGAUGGAGAGGAGGAAGAAGAUUGCCGUGGAGUUAUCUGAGCUGGUAGUUUACUGCAGGCCUGUCCCCUUCAAUGAGGAGAAGAUCGGGACCGAGAGGGCGUGUUACCGGGACAUGUCCUCGUUUCCAGAGACCAAGGCAGAGAAGUUUGCAACACGUGGUCGAGGAAAGCGCUUCCUGCAGUACAACCGGCGUCAGCUUUCCAGAGUUUAUCCCCGAGGACAGAGGCUGGACUCAUCCAACUAUGACCCCCUGCCCAUGUGGCUCUGUGGCUCCCAGCUGGUCGCACUCAACUUCCAGACCCCCGAUAAACCCAUGCAGCUGAACCAGGCCUUGUUCUUGUUGGGAGGUGGGAGUGGCUAUGUGCCCCAGCCUGACAUCAUGAGGGACGACGCCUUUGACCCUUUUGACAAGGACACGCUGCGUGUGGAGCCAAUCACCGUCCAGCUCCAGGUGCUCGGAGCCCGUCAUCUUCCUAAGAAUGGCCGCAGCAUCGUCUGUCCCUUUGUGGAGGUGGAGAUCUGUGGCGCUGACUACGACAGCUGCAAGAGCAAAACCGACGUUGUAGCUGAUAAUGGUCUGAAUCCUGUGUGGGUGCAGAAGCAGUUUGUGUUUGACAUCCACAACCCCUCCUUCUCCUUCCUGCGUUUCACCGUCUACGAAGAGGACAUGUUCAGUGACCCAAACUUCCUGGCCCAGGCUACGUAUCCUGUCCGUUUGCUCAGAACAGGAUAUAGGAGCGUACCUUUGAAAAACAGCUACAGCGAGGAGCUUGAGCUGGCGUCCCUUCUGGUUCACAUUGAGAUUGUCAAUGCAAAGGAGGAAGACGAUGAGAACCUGUACACCUCCAUUCAGCGGCUGCGGGAUCGGACCAGUGAGUUGUCCAAUCAGGUCUCGGUUCUGGAGAGGUCUGGUUCAGCAGAUCUCAGCUACCAGCAGAGUCUGGAGGAGCUCAGGGCUGCUCAGGACCAACUCAGCGAGCUCGUGGAGGCUCGCAACCGCAGGCUGAUGGAGAAGAAGAGGAGGGAGAAGCUGAGGCAGCAGGUGGCAGCCAAGCGCAGUUAAAACUCCUGUCCACCAGAGAGGGCCAACUCCAGCAGAAACAGUACCCAGCACCGCCCACAGCCGGUGCUGUGCACUAACAGCCUGGGAAACAGCUCUCUACUGUAAUGGAAUCCAAUCAAUGUAUAACUGGAAUAAACCUGCUAUACACUCCUUCAAAAUAAUCUAUAAGAUUUGAUGGCACUGUGCUGCAGUGCACUGGAGUGAAAAGUAACAUUCUAAGCAACACAUAGAAGCAUCUCAUGGACUAAAACAACUCAGAAAGCUAAGCUAUCAAAAAAAAAACAAAAAAAAAAACAAUCAUAGACUUAGUAAAAACAAACAGGAAUAAAGGGAGAAGAAAACUCAGGUUACAUGAACGGAUGGAACUGAAAGAUUUCAUAUUUGGAUGGAAAAGGUAACAGAGGGCACACGUAGCAAAAAGGAAAUAUCAUGUCUGUGCCUUUGAUGUUGAUAUGAGACACAUCGCGCUUUGUCUGUAGAGUGUAGUUACACUAGUGUAUCAGUAUCACCGAGGGUCAGAGCAAACCAGUACCUAAGGUCAAACUCAGCAUCUCAAUUUGCAGCAUGCUUUCUCAACAACUGGAAAAGUGGACUUUGAAAGGACCACAGAGACGUGGGAGGAAGAGGAAUCCACUCUUUUGGCAUGACCCAAAAAAAAAAGAGUCAAAGAAACAAUAUAAACCACUACUCAUGAAAUGGGUUUAAAGGGAUUAAAGUAAUUUUAAAAGGGAGCAAAUGAAGACUAAAGUCGAUUCCUCCUAAUCAAGACCAAGUCUUUUCUGGGUGAUCACAUGAACUCUGCCCCCAGUUGGUAGGGCUCCUGUUGUAGACUGUCGUAUUCUACCUGGGAGAGCACAAACUGGAUGAACUGUGUUGAACAAAUCCUCACCAAACCACACCUAGAAGGUCUUUUAAUACUUCAAAGGGCUCAAAAUAUACUACCUUCAAAGAGGUGAGAGAACGUGAGAGGGGGGGAGCAAGAGAGAGAGGAUGAACACAUUCCUCACAGCGCUCCCUGGAUGUCACCUAAAAAGGGGCUCAGGUGUGUUUGUCUUGGUCAGACACACGACUAACAAGGGCUAUCACAGAAACUAGCAAAGCACUCUUUUACCUGCCGGCUCUGUAUCACACAGAUAGAUAUCAUGCCUCAUAUUGGAACCACACACCUAGGAUCAGUUCCCAUAUUCUGGCUCUAAUCAACAGAGAUGGCACAACUUGUCGUGGAUCUGCUAAAAGCAGCUUCUACCCACUGCAUGGCUUCAUAUCUAAUAAUGCCCUGCCUCUUUCCUCUGUAGCUAUUUCGCUUUCCCAUCUAUUUCCUGUCUAAUUUCUCAUUGUAUAUAACUUGUUUUAUUUAUCACAAAGGUGUAGAUCCUGUUAUAAUAGAUGAAAGAACAUAAUAGAAGAAUGAUAACGGACGUCAGAUUGAAGAUAUUGUAACUUUAUGUAGAAAUUAAUAUUGUGUACCUGGAGCUCCCUUUAAAUGUCCCCAUACACACAAACCUCUCUCUCUCUCCCUACACUACAAAUGCACUGGGUAGGGACUUCUAUGCAAAGGUUGCCUUCUUGGCCCAGCCAAUAUGUACUAGGCUAUUUGACUCAAGUUGUGUUUCUCUCUGUAUCUAUGCUAACUGUCCAGUAUUAUUACUCUGCAAUUACAAAUCCUGUGCAAGUUUCCAUUUAAUAAAGCUCUUUCAUGUAAA